AUGAUCGGUCCAUGGGGCGGCUCAUGGCAUUCGGUCAUGAUCAACUUCGGUCUUCACCUUGUACUCUACUUCUUGAUUUUCGCUGCCGCAUGCUUCUUCGCCGCGAGGAACUACAGGAGAAGGAGAAACCCUGAGAGAAGACCGCUGGCGUCCUCAGAGGACAAAGCUGUCUCGGGGAGCGAAGAGGACGUGGUGGACGAGGGUUGCUGUCAGGAACUUGGCACCUUCGUGGCUGACCCCGUCCCCUUCCUAGUCGAUACUGCGCAGGCUGACGACGAUACUGUCCAUCAUCUUGCCGGGCUGGAGGCUCGUCUGUACCUCGACUUCACCUGGAGCAUGACUGUCUUCUUCUCUGUCAUUGCAUUCCUAGGGGUUGCUGUGCUCGUUCCGAUGAAUCUCCUCACAACCAAGAAGUCUUGGUAUCCGCUGGAUUCAUUCGUCAUCACAACCUCCAACGGAUUCGCUUCGCCCUCCAGCGCGCUUCUGUUUCAUACCAUGGUCGCUGUUUUCUUGGCCGGAAGCCUGUGCGCUAUCGUGUACUUCCUCCGAACGAGGAUGGUUGCUAACGCCAAGGGAGAGUAUGGCGAAGGAGCCAUUCCUCCUGUUCAGGCGUACACUGUCGAAAUCCAGGGCCUGAGAUUGAUCCCUCCGGUGAGGCAGGAGGAGCUGCGAACCAUGUUCGACGCCUGCCCGGACACGCAAGGGAAGGUUGUGGAUGUCCUGGACGUGUCUGUCUCCCUUGACGUGACGGACCUGGUGGAUCUGGUGGAGAAUCAUCGUGUCCUCCACAAGAAGCUGGCCAGGUACAAGCAGCAGGCGGAGAACGACGGGACUCGACCGCAGAUGCAGACUGGAUUUUUCUCCUUCAUGUACAUGGGGGAAUGGGUCGACGCCAUCGACCACCUAGAAGGGGAUCUUAAGAAGGCUGAGGAGGAGAUGAACGCGCUGCAGAGGAAGAAAGAGAGGAUGGGAACAGGGACAGCCUUCGUUGUCUUCAAAGAUCGCAAGAGCGCCAUCGCAGCCGUCAAUGCAUUUAGGGCAAGAAGCCCGAAUAACGUCCAAAAGGCCCAGAGUGAGUUCAGCCAGCCAGCGAUCGGCAGAAAGAUGCAGCUCUGCCGCAGCGCUCAGAGCUGGUCUAUCACAAUGGCAUGCAAGCCCGAGGAUGUCUUUUGGAGGAACUUGAGAUAUGGCAGGAUCCACCACUUCAUGCUGAGCUUCACCUGGACUCUGAUCCUCUUCGUGGCGCUGAGCUCGAUCGUGACGCCAAUCUUCCUCCUUCAACUCUUCCUCGCGAUCGGCGACAAGACGAUCGAAAAUGUUGAAAGCAUUGAGAACUCGGCAACCUCCAGGAGCUCAGGAUCCUAUGAGAGCUACUUUGCCGUCUCCUCGACGCAAUCGCGCUUCAACAGGAUUGUUCUCUUCUUUGCUAAUAUCCUUUGGCCCUUCCUGGUCCUUUUGGUUAACGUGAUCCUGAUGCCAUACAUGGUGCAUGCGAGCGUGAAGUUCUUCGUCUCUACCAUGAGGCGAUCUUCGUUCAACCUCAUAUUCUUUUUCAUGGUUUCCAACCUCCUUCUUGUCCCUGCCCUGUCUCUCAGCGGUCUGGAUGAACUCUUCAACGUUAUCUUCUCGACGCCCGUGGACCAAUUGUUCGCUCAGAUUCUCCUGUACGGCUCCUCGACGUCUUUCUUUGUCGAGUACGUAGCGCAGGCUGCUUUCCUCUCAGCUUCCUUCUACUUCCUCUUCCACACGACGACCCCUGCCCUGAUCAACUGGGCCUCAGAUGGGCACGAGCAGGAGCUGUCGUGGGAGUUCGACUUCGCCUUCUUCUACUCGUCCAUGAUCUCCGUCCUGGCCAUUGGGAUCAUGUUUGCGGUCACUGUCCCUCUUAUCCUGCCCUUCAUUGCUGGAUUUCUUGUUCUCCGCUACUACACGGACAAGUGGCAGACUUCUGCCGCUCUCUUCGCGCUCGUCCUUAUCUCCGGCAUUGCUCUGUUGGCCUUCGGCUGCUGGCUGAGAGUGCAGGGCGCUGAGCUGCUCAGCUAUGCUCCCCUGGCCGGCUUCUUCGUUAUCAUCUUGAUCCUCCUCAUUCCCAUGCUGAGGGACAACCUCAUCGUCGUGAAUCCCCGCUGGGAGCCUCAUGAGGUCGAGGACGUCGAACAGCCCGAGAGUCUCGAGGUUGCUGCACCGCAGGCGUACGUAGGCGCCUACGAGAACCCGUACCUGAGAGACUCUCCUGCUGCUACCGAGAGGCUCUGGAGCUCCGGGACAGUUGGAGGCUCCAUGCUGGCUGAUCAGAACUUCGAGUUCCUGCCUUGCGGCUUCCAUGCUGCAGCGCUGGUGGAGCAGGAGGUCGAACAGGUGGUGAGCAUGAUGGCAGGGAUAGAUGCAAGGAUCAAUCCUUCUGCGCUCCUUAGUUUCGUUCAAUCUUCGAAACCGUUUGAAGAUCUUCUCCUGUCACUCUCAAGCUCUGCAAACGCUGCGCAAGAGCUGCAUGCUGGCAGUAGGACUCUUGACGACCUGAGCAUUCGAAGGGUUCUCCGUGGAUGGCAAAGAGCUUCGAGGGAGCAGGGAGGUGGCAGACAGAAACUUCUGUCAUGCCUUUUCUCUUGGAAAAGAAGGUUGCAGCGAUCUACACUCAUCAGAUGGCAUCGGAUUCUCAACGAUGUCGUGGUCGAGCUUUUGUGGGGUUCUUUUGCUCGGUGGUCCCUUGUGUUGGACAAGAAGGCGAUAGCGAAGAGAUAUGAUGAGGUUGCUGGCGAGUUCGAACUCGAAUUGAGGCAGAGAAGAUUGAAGACAACGAUGCACGAAUGGGCGCAAGUGUGUAAGUCUGUCUUGGUAUCAUACACAAGGCUGGUGGAUAGAACUCUUAGGUCACUCCGCAAGUACGUGCAGUACAGGAAGUACAAGAUUGGUCAGAGAGGCGAAGCAGCGUUCCUCUUCAGGAUCCAAGUUCUGCUCCGACAUACUAGAGCUUGGCUCACUUACUUCCAAUGCUGCAAGCAGAUUGAAUCAGUUCGCGUUCAUAAGUUUCGCAACAUUCUUGCGGCCCGGGUUGUGGCGCGCAGGCUGCAAGAGUGGAGAAAGACAGCUGGUGUCUUGCAUGCGAUGAGGAGUAGGAGAAGACAGAUGGACAGAAGAUGUUUGAUGUUCGGAUGGGAGGUGCUUCUGGACAACGUGUGCAUAGAGGAACAGACGCGGAAGAAAGCGUUUUUGACGAGCUUCAUUUGGUCGAGUUGGUUAAGAUGCAGAGCAUUCAGGCAUCUCAAGUGGAACAUGAUAGUAGUUGAGAUGGGAAAGAGAGUUGCGAAGAGAUGUUUGAGCUGCUACUUCUUCUUGUGGCACUGUAUCUCUGCUAUCCGAUGUCACAUCUCUACCAUGCGGAGGGCGAGAGGACUGGCGAUGGCGAUAUUCCACAAGAAGCAGCAUGACUGGAGAGUGAAGCUGCAAGAGGAAUCGAUCCGUCAUCUGAGAUCACACGUCAAACUCAGCCAGCACAAGAAGAAACUCGUUCAGUUACAAUUCAAGCUCAGGUUCACCCAUGCUCUCGAGAUCAAAGUCGAACUUCUAUCGAAACUUGCAAACACGGCCAUGGCGAGAAAGAGGAACUCGUUCUCUUUGUGGUUGGAACUUCAGUGCGAUCGCUCCCGUCUGCGAGUCAUGAGUCAGAUGUCAAGUCUCUUUCGAUUGCGGCAAAGGAAGAAGCAAGCUUCGAGUGUGUUCCUGCGAUGGAGGAGAGCUAGAGAAGAGAAGAAGCAAGAGGACAUGCCGAGCCAAACCAACUCGGAACUUGAGGCCAUAAAGUGCUCUGUCAAGACAGCAGAGCUGCAGGAUGUGGCAGCUGCUCCUGCUCUUGCUCCUGCUCCUGCUCCUGCUGCCGAGGAGGAGGAGGAGGAGGAGGAGGAGGAGGAGGAGGGAGAGGAGGAGGAGGAGCUCCCUUCGUUCUGCGACAUGAACCUCACCAUCGAGCAGUGGUUUUCCGCCUCCCUCCACUAUGAGCGGGCAAGCCUUAGGAAGCCUCUGGUGGCAUGGCGGGCCCGUGUGCUAGUUCGCAAGGCCUCCAGUGCCAUCCGGGACCUCAACGGGGAAGGGAGAAAGAGGCGCACGUAA